AUGGCAAAACGCGAGGUCAGAUGCGACAUCAUCCCAGGCGACUCUAAAAAGUGGGAGUCCCACGGAAGGUUUUGCCUACUUGAUUUCUACUUACACCCAAACGAAGAGGUAGUCGUCCUGGAAGCGGGGACGAAGGACUUGUGCGUCAAGGGCAGUGGGAAGCUGCGCGCAGGGGUUAGUGGGACUGAAGACCGGAGAACUAGCAAACAAGGUGGAAAGGGCGGCAGUGUUUGGUGCGUACCUCUAGGGCCUGGGAAUAUGGGGCUUUGCGUGGAAGAACUGAGGGUGGGAUGA